AAUGGUCUUUUCCUCACCAGACCCGAGGCCUCGCGAGAGCGCCCGUUGUCUUACAGACUCUGAACGCCACGCCUUCCCGGACUCAGGACGUGCUUCUCCUUCCUCUUUCCCCACCGUCCACCCUGCGCUCCGCUCUCGGAUUGGCUGAUUGAGCUGGGUCAGGUUUUUCCUAGCUAGAAAGCGAUCGGACUAGUGCUUCUUUGGGCCCCGCCUCCAAAGCCUGUGGAUUGGACAACUGAGUCAGGUGCCACGCGCCUACACGGGAGCUCGGACCGGCCAAUCCGGAGCUUGGAGUAUUUUACGAACUGGGGAAGUGUCUGCAGCAGACAGCGAGUGUCAGGGAAAAAGUGAAGAAAGUGGGGCGACCCAGAGGGGCUCCGAGGAAGUUGUGGCAAUCAUGACCACCCUUCGAGCCACGAAGGAUCCUCUCCCCCGGGGUGUAUCUCCCACUCCUAGCAAGAUUCCUUUGCUCUCCCAGAGACGCCUGCCUCUCUCCACGGGCAAACCCUGCGCUCUGGACCAGGAGAACCAAGAUCCAAGGAGAUUGGUACAGAAGCCACCGUUCAGUAUUCAACGUCCCCUCGUUGGCCCAGCAGACCCCAAGCCUAAAGCCACACACCAAACAGAGAAAUCAGAGAGAUCGGUGGAGAGCACUCAGCUUCGGAACCCCCUGGAGGAGCUCACGCUUAGCCCUAGGGAACAAAAUGUGGGGCCUGGGCCCCCUCCCACUACAGAGGUUCCAGGGGCCAUAGAGUUUGUGGCUGACCCUGCAGCCCUGGCCACCAUCCUGUCAGGUGAGGGGGUGAAGAGCUGUCACCUAGGGCGCCAGCCUAGUCUGGCUCAGAGAGUCCUGGUUCGUGGCAGCCAGAGAGGUACCUUCCAGAGGGGCCAGGGUGCCCGGACCUCUGCAUAUUUGGCCCCCAGAACCCCCAACCACCGACUGGACCCUGCCAGGGCUUCCUGCUUCUCAAGGCUAGAGGGGCCAGGACCCCGUGGCCGGACCUUGUGCCCCCAGAGGCUAGAGACUUUGAUUCCACCUUCAGAACGGUCCUUUCACUCUUCCACUCGCCCCAAUUUCCUGGAGUUAAGAAGAGUGACAGGUGGCAGCAACCGGACGUCAGUGAGGCAGGCCUCAGGAUUGCCCCUGGAGACCCCAGCCCAGCCUGCUUCCUCUCUCUCUGAAGGAGAACAUGAGGUUGUCACUCACUCACAUAAAGACAGAGGAGGCCCACUCGGUCUGGCUCAGCGGGUUCCAUUAAGAGAAACACACACCAAGGACAGCCAUGACUCCCACCUGAUGCCCUCCCCUGCCCCUGUGGUCCAGCCCAUGCCUGGCUGCGUGGGACCACCUACUGUCACCCGCCCAUCACCCUUUGGACGGGCUCAACGUGUACCUUCUCCCUACCCCUCAGCUCCGGCCUCAUAUUCAGUGUUGCGGCGUCUUGCCAUACGCCCCAAAACCCAGUUCACACCCAUCCCGUCCGCCCCCAGAGUUAAGCAGGGCCGAUGGGUGAGUGGUCUCUCCCCUCAGUCCUGCCCUGAACCUGAAGAGCCUGUCCUGCCCUGGGAGCAGAUUGCGGUACAGCUGUUUGACCAGGAGAGUUCUAUGAGGUUGCACGAGGAGCCUGUGAAACCACCUGUGGCUCCUAAUGAACUGCCCCUAAACAAAACCCCCAACCUUCAAGAGCUGAAGAUGCAGCGCAUCAGUAUCCUGCAGCAGCUGUUGCGACAGGAGGUAGAGGGGCUGGCAGGGGACAAGUAUGCCCCCCUUAAUGGAGAUUCCUCUCUGGAUAUGGUUGAACUUCAUCCCCUGCUGGCUGAGACUUCUAGGACUCUGAAUGCCCCAGAGCGUAAUUCCGGGACUGCCCACCUUCCCGGAUCGUCACAGAACUCUGAGCUGCCCUCUGAGCUGCCGAAGCCUUGCCUUCCGGAGGAGUGUGAGGAACCACAGCCCUGCCCUCCAGCAGAGCCAGGGGUCCCUGACUCCUGCCAUAGGAGGGAGUCUGAGAUACCAGAGCCCUCCCCCAAACAACAGCCUGGAGUACCAGAGCCCUACCCUCCAGCAGAGCCUGGACCCCUUCAGCACAGCCCCCAGGGGAAGACUAGAUUCCCCAAGUCUCACCCUAGAGUAGAGCCUGGGGCACCAGGGGCCUGCCCCAUGGAACCUGGAAAUCCAGAGUCUAUCCAACAGCCCCACAACAAUCAGUGUGCUCCAGUACCCACCAGCCUGAUCUUCUCUUCCCAACAUCCCCUUUGUGCCAGCCCUCCUAUCCACUCACUCCAGUCUUUGAGGCUGCCACCAGGCCAAUCAGGCCUCAAGAGUCUGGCCCCUCGAACCCUGGCCCUGAGGCAGCGCCUCAAAGCAUGUCUGACUGCCAUCCACUGCUUUCAUGAGGCCCGCCUGGAUGAUGAGUGUGCCUUCUACACCAGCCGAGCCCCCGCCUCAGGCCCCACCCGGAUCUGUAGCAACCCUGUGGCUACAUUACUGGAAUGGCAGGAAGCCCUGUGUUUUACUCCAGUUGGUUCUGCUGCCUCUCAGGGCUCUCCAUCAUGAGGCAUCACCUCCAUCUGCCCUGCCUGGCUCCUUUCUUUUAACCCUUAUUUAUUGUCAGUGCCUCC